UUGACAGCUGUUGACAACAGACAAUCGACAUUGAUGAUUUUGAUAAAAUCGUGCCUGGAAUUAUAUUAAUUUUAUUUAAAAUAAAAAUGAAUUUAUUAUUAUGACGUUCUAAUAAUCAGAAUCUAAAGAAAAAAACUAAAGUAGUGUAAGCUUAUUCUAAUGGACAUAUAGUGUAUAUUUAGAUAACCGUUUAGUUUCUGUAACAACUAUGUUUACAAGAUUUAUUUGUAGUACAGUAAAAGAUGCUUGGAUGAGAAAAAAUAAUAUGAGGCUAAUAUCUUCAAUGAAAACAUGCUAUUCAACUAAAUAUCUGUUCAAAACCGAACCUGAUAGAUUCAAGGGUGUAACAGUUGAUACGGUUGAUGUUAAAUAUAGCAAUGAUGAAUUUUUGAUUAAAUUAGAAGAUUCUCUAAAGCAAUGGCAUGAAGAGGGGAAAAGGUGCAUAUGGUUUAAAAUUCGAAUCCAGAGUUCCGAGUAUGUUCCCCUAUUGGCUAAGAGAGGUUUUCAUUUUCAUCAUGCUAGAGAUGACUUUGUGAUGAUGUAUAAGUGGCUUCCGUUGGACUCUACUCCAAAUUUACCGCCAGCAAGCCAUACAAACCUGGGUGUAGGUGCCUUGGUGUUAAAUGAUAAACAACAGCUAUUGGCAAUAUCGGAGAAACAUUAUAAUUACCCACACUGGAAGUUGCCAGGUGGCUAUGUGGAAAGGGGGGAAGACAUUAAAGAUGCUGCUGUGCGAGAAGUAAAAGAGGAAACUGGAGUGGACUGUAGUUUUGAAUCGAUUAUUACAUUCAGACACUCUCACAAUAUGAUGUAUGGUAACUCAGAUAUUUAUAUUCUAAUGAUGAUGAAAGCUAUAUCAGAGGAUAUUGUACAAUCACACAGAGAAGUUAAAGAUUGCAAGUGGAUGGCCAUAGAUGAGUAUACAAACCAUCCUCAUGUACAUGAAUUCAAUAGAUUGGUUGUGAAAAAUGCACUUAUGUAUAAGGAAAGAAACUUCAAACUAGAUAUAAAGCAGAAAACAGUGACUUGGCCAACUGCUACAAGAGUUAUGAAUUAUUUAGUACCUUCAGGUUAUGAAUCGCAUUGAUGAAAAGAUUAUUUUGUUUAUAUUUUAUAAAUGGGCAUUGUUUUAAUAAGUUUGACCUUUGUAUAUAUUGUAUAAUACAAAGAUGUUAUGU